AUGGGCGUUCCGUUCGAGGCCCUUCUCCCUUAUGGGAUUAUCAUGGUGAUGUUCGGUGUCACUGGGGUCGGGCUGUCGACGGUGAAGUACUAUUCGAAUGGAAGAAAAAACCCAAGACGGGCUAUUGAUAUGUGGGAUAAGCAAAUGAUGGAACGGGAUCGACGGAUCACGGGAAUAUUUAGAGGGCAAAAUAAUGGCCAUGAGGCGCCAGCAGGAUUCGAGGUUAACAACCCAUGGAAGACGGAGAGACGAUUUUACUAA